AUGAAGGUGUGUAAGUUCCAGUCCCAGGGGCUCAUCGUGUUGGUGUGCCUCAUCAACAUGCUCAACUACUUGGACAGAGGCAUCAUCCCGGGCGCUCCUCAGAGCUUCCGACACUUCAUCACGUCGUCGCUCGGCGUGGCCGUCACGGACCAGUCCGUGUACUUCGGGCUGCUGUCGUCGGCCUUCAUCAUCGGCCACUCGGUGCUGUCCAUCACCUUCGGGUACUUCGCGCUGACCCACCGGCCGUUCCGCAUCAUCGCGUUGGGGACGAGCAUCUGGAUCGUGGCCAUCGUCAUCUGCGCCGUGUCGGAGCACGUCAACAGCUACGCGCUGCUGAUCGUCGGGCGAGUGCUAAGUGGUGCAGGCGAGGCGUCGUUCCAGUGUGUAGCCCCGCCGUUCAUCGAUCGCCACGCUCCGCCCGAACGUGCAUCGCUUUACGUUGGCAUCUACCUGGCCUCCGUGUUCGUCGGGGAAGCCAUCGGCUUCGUCUACGGCUCGGCGUUCGCAGACUCGUCGCUCACGUGGGCCGGCGGCUACUAUCUUGAAGCAGUUCUGAUGGUCUUCCUGGUCUGCUGCUGUUUGUUCUGCGUGCCCGAUGAGCUCAACGUGGUGCCUCCACAGGACGACGUCGCGCUAAGGAAAUCGCUGGUGUCUGUAUCGACGCAGGGGCUGCCAAACGGAGUGGAGCCGCUCAUAGUGUCGCCAGGGUCGUCGUCUCCGGGGCUAGCGGUGAGGAGGGAGCCGUUCUUCCGCGCAUGGUGGGGUGUGCUCUCCAACCUCCCGUUCUUGCUGUUCGUGCUGGGCAACGGUGCGUACACGUUCACGUUGGGGGUCUUCAACACGUACGGCCCGGACCUCUUCGUCGGCCUGGGCCUGUUCAGCGACGAAACCUCGGCCUCGCUGGUCUUUGGCAUCAUCGUGGCUGUGGGCGGACUGCUAGGCACACCUCUGGGCGGCUACCUCAUCGACCGACAGACCAAGGACACCGAUGUGCCUGGGAAGCGCUGCUUCGUGGCCAUGACGUCGAGCUUCGUCUACGUGACGCUGGCCGAGGUGUUCAUCCUCAUCAUGUGCUUCCUCGGAGGGGCCAAGGUCGCGUUCCUCGUGUGCUUCACCAUCGGCCUCUUCUGCAUGUGCGCGCUCUGGGGGCCCCAAAUGGUGGCCAUCCUCGAGCUGUUCCCGGAGUCGCGCCGCUCGCUGGCCAUCUCGGCCAACGCGGUCAUCAUCCACAUCUUCGGCGACGUGCCGGCGCCGACCAUCAUGGGCGUCGUGUGGGACGCCUGGGCGCCCAACUGCGGGGCCGUCGAGGGCUCGGACGGCGACGCCGACCUCAAUCCGCUGUGCAGCGAGGACCAGGGCGGGCUCAAGGACUUCAUGCUGCUCUCGACGCUGUGGAUGCUCUGGGCCGUGCUGCUCUGGGCGCUGGCCGCGGUGGCCAUCAAGAGGAGGCAACAGCGCGGCGGCUUCGUGCUCACCACGCCGGCAGAGUAUUAG